UCCGGCCUCCGUAGCCAGGAGCGGGUGGCGGUACCGUACGGAGCCUGGGAGGGUCGGGGUGGGCCGCGCCGCUGCUAUGGUGUUCUACUUCACCUCCAGCGGUGAGUCCGCGGCGGGGGGAGGGUGGAUUCAGGCUUCUCCUUGAGGGUCGCUGUGGGAACGGCGCGUUCCCUGCACGGCGGUGGGGCUCCUUGGCCUUCUUCACAGCGGCGUUCUCCGCGGAGGCCUCAGCGUGUGGCGUUUCCUCCUCAUGCCUGGCCUAAGUUUCCAUUCUUAUGUACUGAAAUGUUUCUUUUUAAGCACUGAAAGGCUUAAAGCGUGUGCCCCAGGUCCUGUCACCAACGUAUAACCUCACUGUGUUGCCCCUGUGUGAUUUUUACUGCAUCCCUGUAAGUUACCGUUCUUAUAGCACUGCUUACCUCAGUUCUGGAGGUGAAGUUCCUUCUAGAGAAGCUCAGGAACGUCAUUUCCUUCGGGCAAGGCAAUGCUCAGCAGUGCUGCAAACGGCCCUCCCGUUGAUCUGCUCUGAGGAUCCCUUUAGUAGGACGAGAGAUUGUAGCCCCAGGUGCCACCUGGAGAGAUUCAGGUUGGAUAUGAGGAAAAAAUUGUGCUCCAAAAGAGUGGAAAUGCAGUGGCACAGCUGCCCAGGGAGGUGGUGGGGUCACUGUCCCUGGAGGUGUCCCAGAGCCGUGGGGAUGUGGCACUUGGGGACAUGGUUUAGUGGGCAGAGGGCACGGAAGCUUUGGGUGGCACUGGGAGUGGCAGAGCUGCCACAGUGCAGCACAAUGAACCCUGCUGUACUCCUGUAUUGAGUUUAGCAGAUUUCUGAUGUGUUUUAGGCAUAGAGGAGGACGCAGGGAGAAAGCCACUGUGGUUUGUUUAAGCCGUGUUGCCGUAUUACUGAUGUGUACGCUGAGUUUAAUUGCCCUCGCAGCUCAGAAAGCCAAAUGUCCUGCACAACUGUACUUUGGCUGCACCAAAAGCAGCGUGGCCAGCAGGGUCAGGGAGGUGAUCCUGCCCCUCUGUUCUGUGCUCUGAGGCCUCACCUGGAGUACUGCAUCCAGAUGUGGAGUCCUCAGCACAGGAGAGACAUGGAGCUGUUGGAGUGCAUCCAGAGGAGGGCCACAAAAAUGAUCCCAGGGCUGGAACAGCUCUCCUACAAGGACAGGCUGAGAGAGCUGGGGCUGUGCAGCCUGGAGAAGAGAAGGCUGUGAGGUGACCUGAGGACAACCUGUCAGUAUCUGAAGGGGAGCUUGAAGAAGAAGGGAGGCAGACUCUUUGUCAGGGUCUGUUGUGAUAGAACAAGGGGAAGUAAUUUCAACUGAAAAGAGGAGAUAUGGCCUGGAUAUAAAGAAAAUGUUCUUGUGUAGGUUUUUUUUAUUAUUUUUUUUACAGUAAGGGUAGUGAAGUACUGAAACGGAUUGCUCAGAGAGGUGGUGUAUGCCUCAUUCUAGAAGACAUCCAUGGUCAGGCUGGACAGGGCUCUGAGCACCCUACUGAGCUGUAGUUGUCCCAUUUCAUUGCAGAAGGGUUGGAUGGGAUGUCCUUUAAAGGUCUCUUCCAAUUCAAUUGAUUCUAUGUUUCUAAAUGAUAUGGGCUGGAAGCAUUGUUCUGCUAAGGUUAAGGUAGUAUUCUCCCCCUCUUUGCUGCAUGGGCUUCAUUUUCAUGAAAUCACUUCAUAUCUGAGCAUUUAAUUGUAUGUUUCUGUGCAGUGGCUGUGUUUAUGAUGAUCUCCCAUUCUGCAGACUCCUCUUGCCUCAUUACCAAAUGUUAUUUAAAUAGCAGUAGGUUUCCUUUGAAAAGCACUGCAGUGGCAUGAAGCUGACAGUCUGCUCUCAGUAGACCUUUGCGUUGAAGUAGGUCCUUAUUGGUGAAAGCCAAAUUUCAGUGCCUCGUUGAAGCACGUUGCUAUGGCUGGCUCUGUCAUCUGCUCAGAAAACAGAAUAGUUAAAACUGCAGAAGCUGGAACUGUGACACAGGUAUGUGGGUUUCUGCCACCGUGGAAUUGGGAUUUCCCUGCUGCCAUAUACAAUGGCAGAGCAUUUUUUAAGCAGGCUACAGCAGGACGUCCUUGGCUGUGGCACCCUCUUACUGCAGCCUCCAUCUCCCUGCUGUGCUGGCCAUUGAUCCAGGUUUGCCAGAACUGGAAAUGCCUUUCCUGCAUUAUGGAAUGAGCCCCGAAGAAGAGAUCAUCAUUGCUCAAAGUGCCCUGAAGGGAUGCACACAGGGCAAACGAGUCUCUGGCUGGUGUUUGGCUAGCUUCAGGCUUUCAGUUGUCUUGCAGAUCUUAAUCCUCUGAGCUCCCCCAGGGAGGUGAGCAUUGUGCUGCUGCUUUGGGGAAGUGAGUUAGUUUUGCUUGACCACACAGAGAGUUAACACCAGACUGUAAACACUGCGUCAAGGCAUUCCUGGCUCAGGGCCUGUGUGCUUAAUUGGACAGAUUGUAUCUGUGUAAUUGGAUAAUCCAAACCGCAUGGGUGCUGAGGGUGUUUUGCCCGACAGCUUUUCUGUGCCGGAUAAUCUUCAGUGGAAACUGCUGGAAAGACAGCCUCCAAAGAUCUCUGAAGCUUGUUCCAACUGUUUACACCAUUUACAUGGGAAAAGACAAGUAUGAAAAUGAAGAUCUAAUCAAGUAUGGUUGGCCUGAAGAUAUCUGGUUUCAUGUGGAUAAGCUCUCUUCUGCACACGUGUAUCUUCGGUUGCACAAGGGGCAGACAGUGGAUGACAUUCCUAAAGAAGUUCUGAUAGACUGUGCCCAUCUGGUGAAGGCUAACAGCAUCCAAGGUUGCAAGAUGAACAACGUCAACGUGGUGUACACACCAUGGACCAACCUGAAGAAGACUGCGGACAUGGAUGUGGGGCAGAUAGGGUUUCACAGGCAGAAGGAUGUGAAAAUGCUGACGGUGGAGAAGAAGGUAAAUGAGAUACUGAACCGAUUAGAGAAGACAAAAGUGGAGCGUUUCCCAGACCUGGCUGCUGAGAAGGAAGCCCGUGACAGAGAGGAGAGGAAUGAGAAGAAAGCUCAAAUCCAGGAGAUGAAGCGGAAGGAAAAGGAAGAGAUGAAGAAGAAGAAAGAGCUGGAAGAACUUAGGAGCUACUCAUCGUUAAUGAAGGCUGAGAACAUGUCCUCCAAUCAGGAUGGCAAUGAUUCCGAUGACUUUAUGUAAACAAAGUCGCUCUCCUUUCUCAAUCCGAGGUGGUUUGGGAUGUCUUAACGUCUCCGUUGCUAAGAAUGCCAAAAAAUCAAACCAAAUAAGUGAACUCUGACUCCAUUCCUUCAGAAGCUGGUAGAUUCUCCUGGUGUCCCGACCAACCCUGAGCCACGGACAGCUUCUGGAUGGAGAAGAUCUCUCUAUGUCUGCACGUACAUCUCUUUUUUUCAGGGACGUAGGUGUAAAGGAAGCAAAAUUGACUUACAGUUCUACAAAGACGAUGCUAUUUAUUCUAGGAAAGGAGUUGCUUUAGCUUUUAAUUGAAUGAGAUUGAAAGAAAUUGUGCUGUCUCACUGCUGUCCUGGCAGCCUCGUGCUUCUGAAAGAGAUGCUGUUCAUUUGGCAUCGCUGGUGAGCCCCAAAGCCACACUGCUGACUGCACAGCUCUUCUCUCCGUGGUGGCGAAAGGCAGCAAAGCUGGGAGAAUUCCCCCAAAAUGGGGGGGUUUCCCACUUUGGCAAGCUCACAGCUGCUCUGCAGACCCACCUGACACUGAGUCUGGUGGUUGGUUGCCACUUGUUAACCACAGAGCUGCAGCUGUUCAGGGCUUCCAGCUGGGCUGAUGGUGCAACCUACACGAGCAUGUCAAUGUGGGCUGUGAUACGUGCCUUCAGCACAGGAUGAGAACAGCCUCACGGUGUCAUUCUUUGGAAUUACACUUUAUUUCUGGGCUGUUUCUUAGAAACCUUCUCUGCAGAGAGAAGCUGACCAAGGAGGGUUUUAUGCAGCCUGUCCUGCUCAGAGCUCUCUGUAAAGUUUUGUGGAUAAGCCUGUACGGAGCUAUCGCGAUAAUUGUUGCAGCACCUGUAUAUAUGUUAUGAUUAAAUUCAUACCAGGCUGGUAAAA